AUCUUUGAUUGUAAUUUUUUCAUAUAUUUUUAAUUGUCAAUUAUUGUAACAUAGUAUUUUUUUUUUUUUACGUGUCUUUUUAAUUCAGUCAACUAUCAAGUGUCUCUUUUAGCUCAUUUUCCCCAUCAUGGCUAUACAGUGUAGUAAAUAUCCCUAUUUAUAUAUGCAGUGAGUCCAAGGGCAUCAUCAUAAACAUAGAAAGCUUCAAUGUGAAGCAUCUUAUUCCCCCACCCAAUUUUACAAAACCCUAAAUAGAUAUAGUAAUAAAAACAAAAAGAGAGAUAAAGGGGAGAAUGUGAUGAGGGAAAAAUAAAACUUAAACAAGCUAAAGUUCCUCUCUUCUUUUAAUUCCUUCAUCUUCUUUCUUCUUUUUCCCUCUCCUUUCUCUUUGUUGGGGACUCUGGUAUUCCGUUCUUCUCUCUUUUUUGUGAUUCUCCACUCAUAUAUUUCCAAAAAAAACAAUGAACCUUUUUUAAAGAUAAAGAGUAAAGAGAUCAAAGUAAAGAAAAAAAAAUUAAACCAUGGUUUUCUCUUCUUUUCCAGUCUAUUUAGAUCAUCCUAAUUUGCACCAUUUACAACAAGAACCAGAUCAUCAUCAGCAAGGAAGCCCUGGCCUUGACAAUCCUCAACUUCCACCUGUCCAGCCACCCACUUUGGUGGGUGGCGGGGCGGGCUCGAUCAGGCCUGGUUCGAUGGUCGAUCGAGCCCGGAUAGCCAGGCUUCCGCUGCCGGAACCUGGACUGAAGUGUCCGAGGUGUGAUUCCUCGAACACUAAGUUCUGCUACUACAACAAUUACAACCUCUCGCAGCCGCGCCACUUCUGUAAGAAUUGCCGCCGUUACUGGACGAAAGGAGGCGCCUUGAGAAAUGUGCCAGUCGGAGGCGGCUGCCGUAGGAACAAAAGAAAUAAAAGCAGUAACAACAACAGCUCAAGAUCAGGAGGACAAAUGGGCAAUUCUAAUAAUGCUUCAACAAGUGCAAUUCCUUCAAGUUGUAGUAUGGAAAUGAUUGGCCACCACUUUUCACAAUCAUCUACACAAUUUACACCCCUGAUGGCUGCUUUCCAAAACCUAAAUAAUUAUGCAGGAUUUCAGCCUCCUCAUCAGUUAGUUGGGGAAAUGGGAUUUCAUGUAGGGAGUAACAAUUUAUUGCCAUCUUUGGCAGCAUCUAACUUUGAGCAUCCAACAAAUUUGUACCCUAAUUUUCAAGGUGAAGGUGGUACUACUACUAUUGAAGCAGCAAAUGGGGCUACUCAACAAGUGAAAAUGGAGGAUAGUAAUAUUUCUACUACUAGACAAGGGUUGAAUUCAUCAACCAAACAGUUUUUGGGUACUCUUGAAAAUAAUCAGUACUGGGGUGCUACAAAUGCAAAUUCUUGGACCGGAUUUUCUGCUCUCAAUAAUAACUCCUCUAGUACCAGCAACCAUCUUCUAUGAUCAUAUGUUAAAUACUUCGAUCUUGAAUUGACUCAUUGAUGGCAGCUGACUUCAAAAUGUUGAGCCCUAAUGUUACAAGGAAGUAAAGAUUCGUGGAGCCACUAUGCUAGCUACAGAUUCAGCAGAACUCAUAAACUAAAAAACUCAAGCUUUGUCUCUGUUGUUGACUCGUCAUGAUCAUGUUGUUUUUGUUGAGGAUGCAACCAGAGAUGCAUGGUAGGUUAUGUUUCGUAUUGCAUUGCUCUAAGUUAAAUAUAUUUUUGUGAUGUUUGUUUGUUUUGUGUGUUGUAAUUUUAUUUCUUUUUUGGAGGUUCUUUUAUAAUGUGUGAAGUUAUGUGAGUUUGGUAUCUGACGCUAUUACA